UAGUGUUUUCACAUUUUUUGAGCCAUUCAAAUUCGAGAAAGGCAACCCGCGACGACUAGUGGCAGAACUCGUAACAGUUAAGUGUUAAAAUUCAGCUACUACGCUGGCUAUUUUCCUUUCCGUAGUCAUCAACCAAGAGGGAAAAUAAUCGCGAAAUCAAGAAGGUAAUCCGCAGCCACAAAGCUCAGGAGAAACUCGUCGCGAAGUAAAAAUUAUCAGCGAUUGCAAUUCGCGUGUGUAUGAUAUGUGUGUGUAGGAAUAAAAAUCGCACCGAGCAAUUGAACGAACCAGAAAAGUGACAGCCAUUACGUGAUAAGUGGGCUGAGAAAAAAAUCCAACUUUUCUUGGUUUCUCGCAGCAGCAGGUGGAAUCGAGUCCGAGUUGGAUUUCGGAAGGCGUGCUCCAGACAGUGGACCUAGGAACGGCACAGCUGAAAAUUCAGACUUACGCCAGAGACUGUUUGGGUGAACAGGCCGCGCCGAUAACGCCGGGAAUUCACCGGCAGCUUUGUGUUUUCAAUUUUCACCCUCGGCUCCCGCCGGCUGCCAGUACUGUACAUUAGAUCGUCACCAGUGAGAUGUUAAAUAUCUAGUGCAGCGCAAGUGAAAAAAAAACGUGAAAGCAAGCAGCCAAACAUUUGUUCAAGCCACCGACUUAGCGACUGACUUCCUCGUCCGGUGCCCUAGCCGGCAGUGUAUGUCAUGAAUCCAGACGAAUAUGAGCAGCUACCGACGACGAGUGUAGCGACGAACAUGACGGCCGGUGCCAUUGCCGGCGUUAUGGAACACUGCGUGAUGUAUCCGCUGGACUCGGUCAAAACGCGGAUGCAAUCGCUGACGCACAUGCAUGCCCAUGACACAAUCGUUUCGACGAUGCGGGAUAUGAUUCGAUCGGAGGGUUUGCUGCGACCGUUCCGCGGUGUUACGGCCGUUGUUGCUGGGGCGGGCCCCGCACAUGCCUUAUACUUCGGAGCGUACGAGUACUCCAAGGAGAUGGUCGGAAGCAUCAUCGGAAGGGGAAGUGAUCAGAUCAAUUAUAUGGUUUCGGCCACUUUGGCAACCUUGGUACACGAUGCCAUCUCCAAUCCGGCCGACGUGGUCAAGCAGAGGCUUCAAAUGUAUAAUUCACCAUAUAGAUCGAUCAUGCACUGUGCCCGCCACGUCUGUCAGACCGAAGGCCUGCGGGCAUUCUAUCGAUCCUAUUCGACACAGCUUGUGAUGAAUAUACCCUACUCGGCGAUCCAGUUCCCAACGUACGAAUUCUUCCAGAAGAUGCUGAACAAAGACAAUAAAUACAAUCCUCCGGUGCACAUGGUGGCAGGAGGUGCUGCGGGUGCGGCUGCCUCAGCGCUCACGACGCCACUGGAUGUCUGCAAGACCUUACUGAACACACAAGAAGACGGUGCUGGUAAAACUAGAGGCCUCAUAGAGGCAGCCAAAAAGAUUUACCAUACAGCGGGCCCGUUAGGCUUCUUCAAAGGUCUUCAAGCCCGAGUCCUAUACCAGAUGCCCGCCACAGCCAUCUGCUGGUCUACGUACGAGUUCUUCAAGUAUGUUCUCACAGGGACAGCACGGAACAAUAGCCCUCGAGCCAGCUCCCCAACCGAAAUAAUGUCCAGUUCAGACGUCGUCAAGGACGACAAGAAGCUUCCAGACCUGAGGUAUGUGCUCCCGGUUAGUUCUGCCUCGGCGGAGGCUUCUGCCAGUAGUCUAAUUGUGCGAUCUGGUCCCACUUCUGGCAGCAGUGAUCGAGAUUGUGGCCGUCGGGAGCUCCCAGCAAUGUCCGGUGCAGGAAUCUAUGGUUCGAUGAGCUACAACACGAUGCACUCGAAUGAUGCAAACCAUCACAUCCCGGAACAUCAACUACGAAGAUCCCAAUGAGGUGCAGCGUACAACUCCACCGCACUUGCCGGCGUAACGGCGUAUUAAAAGGUUAGUCCUGCCCUUGCAGAACCCACCCGAUUCGGGGAUCAACUCACGGGAAGAACUCGCAGUUGUUCCCAAACCGUUGGUUUGUUGUUAGUCUAUAUGUAUAUCCCUUCUCGUUUCGGUUCCACUCAUCUCCUGAUCCUAGAAAACCUUGUUUUGUAAAACUUCUUCAACAACGACAAAGUUUCCCUUAAAUCCCAGUUAAAUGUCAACCCACAAAUACGCGUGUAUUUCGGAAUCACCUCGCCACCACCUAUUUGGCGAUAGAAACAUUUCAUUGGUUUUGCGCAGCUCUGUCUCAUGUCACCGGAAACGUGCUUUUUAAUCAAACGUUUUGAUUUCCAUUAUCAUUUUUUUUUUGAAUAACACUUUGUCCAAAUUCUAUAUAUUUUUUGUUAUUCUUUUCACGGUAUCCCAUACGAUCUUACCAGCAGUUGUGGACAUUGGAUUGUCGUCUUAGAGAAUGCCUGUUAUGAUACACAACUGUGCAUAUGUAGGAACCCAACUUUUGUAUCGUAAAACGUAAAGACACAUUAGUGGAGCUGCCCGGAGUUGAUUUUGUUAUAAAAGACGAUUGCACAGAAUAUAUCAUUACUGUCUCAAAUGAGUUUUUCAUAAAGGUUUUGCAAAAAUUGCUUGCAUCUCAACCGAUGAAAGUCCAACAACCAAUCAAAGUGUAUUCUUGUCUGUGUAAACAUAUUUGGAAAUGUUGAAAAUGGUUCAUGUUUUUACAAAAUCAUCUCAAAUUUUUUAUGUGUGGAAUAGGGGAAAUUUUCGAAAUAUCAAAAGAAACACUUUUUCAUCAGAGUCAAUUAGUACGAAACAAUUUUCGCUUACGGAUCGAUUGAAAACACGUUAAGAUGUUUGCGCAGCCUAGACAUGAUUUCACCAACUCUAGCGAAAGUAUUGAUCGUUCGCUCACAUGCAGCAGUUUCUUUUAAAAGGCAGCACAUGAUCCAUUUCCAAUUCAGAAGUUCUAAAAAAUGUAAAAAGUUCAAAUUUUCGGAACAAGAUGUGCUGUUUCGUCUCGCGCAAAACCAACAAAACACAAGGAACUAAAGCAAAGGAUAUCAACACCUGUAAAGCAAAAAAAAAACCGUGGGAAACCCAGGUGGAUUCGAUGUGGAAAGCGAGAUUUGUUAUUACCUAAAACUUACUGCUAAAACUUAUAGAGUUAAUCAAAGUGAAACCUAUAUCUAAUAUAGUGCUACACACACACAUACAGAGAGAUAGAGACACCUUAUUAUUUUUUGUUGAUCGCGGUACUAAGUAUCGUCUGAUGGUGAGAUGCCAUAGAAUGCUUGAUACCAAAGGAUCAAGAUCGCUGUGCAUGAUUGUUGCGGCGGAAGGAAACAAACAGUAAAACAAUAACAAAUAACACAAAUUCAAUAAAAAUAGCGAAAUUCGACGAUUACAAAUUAAACUAAAAUAGACGGACGGUGAUCGCGCUUUUUGUUUUGGCUAAACAAGUUAGUGAAAGCGCAACGCAGCGAAAAAAAUAGUUCAAGUGUAGUUUUUAAAAACAUUAUAAUUUAUUUUGUGUGGAAAUAGUUACUGCUGCGAUAAAAUCGACGUUUUGAUUUGUAAACCGUAAAGUUUUGAGAAAAACUGCGCUUGAGCUAUAAAUUGAAGCAAAUGAUAUUACUCGAACCGGCUGCGCGAUGUCACGUUGUGUAAACGAAAAAGGUUCAAAAAGGAUUUCGGAAAUUUGAAAAAGGAAUAGGUAUAUCGUGUACGUUGAAUUGAAAAACAAAUAAAACAGCGAAGAAAGCCACUUGUACAGUUGUACAAUUUAGAUCAGAGACAAAUGACUCAAAUUAAAACAAAACAUGCAAACAAUAAUUACCUGUAUAUGAAUAAAGUUGAAAAUUUCAAAUA